UUCUGUUGCAAGUGAUGAUGAAGACAGUCAGCAGGCAGCAUUUCCUCAAGCGAAUCCAGAUGCUCCAGUAAGGAAAAUAAGGUUGGAGCUUGGCAUGGAGUUUGAAAAUCUGGACCAUUUCAAGAAGGCAGUUAAGAAGUUCAACAUCAACAUAGGGCGAAACAUAUUCUUUCCAAUAGUGGAUUCAACUAGGUGCAAGACCAUAUGUUAUGACGAGAGUUGUCCGUGGCAGAUAUACUGUGCAAAACGGUCGUAUCCAUUAAGCUUUCAGGUGAAGACGUUUGUGAAUGAACAUACCUACAGCAAAGUUAAUAAGAAUAAAUCAGCAGAUGGUAAAUGGGUUGUAGAGGAGCUUGAGGACAAGAUCCGUGAUCAUCCAGAGAUGACUCAAAGGCAGGCACAAGAUUUUUUCAAGAAGGAGUAUGACGUGAUUGUGAACGAGAGGAAGAUAUACAGGGCUAUGGUGAAGGCGAAAGAACUAAUAGAAGGGUCAGAAAUAGCUCAGUAUGCAGUUCUUAGGGACUAUGCUAAUGAAAUUAUGAGGACCAACCCUGGCUCCACUGUGAGGAUUAGUACUGAUUAUGUUGAAGGGACUGGGCAUAAAUUCAAAAGGAUAUAUAUAUGCUUGGAAGGGUGUAAAAAUGAUUUUUCGGUUGGUUGCAGGCCUUUUAUAGGGUUAGAUGAAACUUUUCUAAAGGGAUACUACCCUGGCCAGUUGUUGACCGCAAUCGGCCACGAUGCCAAUAACCACAUAUACCUUAUAUCGUAUGCUGUUGUGGAGUGCGAAUGCAAGGAUAGCUGGAAAGUGGUUUCUCGAACUCCUCCAAGAAGACUUAGGUGAUGCUGCAAUCAAUGGAAUCAACUUCAUAUCAGACAUGUAAAAGGUAAUUACUGAAUUCUUAUUCUCUGUGUAUGUUUUCAUUUCUAGUUUUUUACAAUGUGGUGUGCAUACCUACUGCCUUCAUAGUUAUUUUUUUAAUAUGGUAUAAUCAUAUAGUUGCUUUACUUUUCUCAACCAGGGCCUCAUCCCUGCUAUGCGUGAGGUGAAUCCAGGAGCACAUCAUAGAUUUUGUGCUAUGCACAUAUGGCAGAACUUUAGAAAACAGUGGGGGGGAUACUGAAUUGAAAAUGGCAAUGUGGAGAUGUGCCAAGGCCACAACCUCUCAAGAGUUCAAUUCUGUACUGGAUAGGAUCAGACGGGUUAAUCCCCAUGUUUGAGAGUAUCUAAACAGGAUCCCUCCAAGUCAAUGGAGUAGGAGUGGGUUUAGCGAAUACCCAAAGCCUGACCAUUACACGAACAACAACUGCGAAUCAUUCAACUCUAGGAUCAAGAAAAUGAGAGGGAAGCCUAUAAUAACUAUGCUGGAAGAGGUGAGGUGUUAUAUGAUGAACAUCAUUGCAAGAAACAAGAAGGCGUUGGUGGAAUAUACUGGAGUAAUCACUCCUGUGCAGCAGAGUAGGCUGGAAAAGGAGAAAAGGGAGAGCAACAAGUGGCGGCCGUUUCCCACUGGAGAUGACCCUGGAAAUGUGUAUGAAGUACAAUGCCUCCCACAUAAGGUUAUGGUGGAUAUAAGAAAGAGGACUUGUUCCUGCAGGUUUUGGCAACUGACUGGCUUGCCGUGCAGGCAUGCAUGUGCUGCCCUUGCAUACCAGAACAGGAGGCCAGAAGAACAUGCACACAACUGGCUCUCUAUGGGGGCAUAUAAUAGCACAUACCAGUUCGUGAUCCAGCCUGUUCCUAGUUAAGAAUACUGGCAGCAUUGUGAUCUGCCUCCUAUAUUACCCCCAGUAUACAAGAAGCAGAUUGGGAGACCAAAGUUGAAAAGAGACAAGAAGAAUGAUGCCCCAAAAGAACCCACCCCAGAUCCUCAUAGGGCCCCCAGAAAGUAUGGCCCCAUCACAUGCAGGUACUGCCUAAAGGUAAACCAUAAUUCAUAUGCUUACAUUCAUUGUGCUUUAAAUCUCCAUGUUUAUUUCAUGGUAUACAUUUUGCAGACUGGACACAACAGUCGUAGUUGUUCCAAGAAGAAGGAGGCAAUGGCUGGGAGUGCUGGGGGACAAAGUUCAAGUCAACACCCAACUGCUGAGGAUGAUGAAGAGGAGGCGGCAAGACUAGAGGAGAUGUUCUGGGAGGAAACUCUGGAAGCUGUUGAAGCAGCAGUAUCUCAGCCACCACCUGAGACCACCCCAGUUUCUCAACCCGUUCCUAAUACAGUCAGGUCUUCUUCAACUAGGUCACCAACUGCAAAAAAACCACCAAAGAAGAAGAAGAAUCUGCGAAGACCACCACCAACUACUCAGCAACCACAAUCUGCUCCAGCUAUUGUCAGGCCAACAACACCAACUACUACUAGUCCAUCACCCCCGGCCUCUGAUGUGCCCCCCCACUGUGACACCUCAAACCAUGCAAGCUGCCUCCCAGGGCACUACUUCCAGAUUCAUGGAAUUCAUGCCAACUCCCGCAGUGAGAGGAUCAAGCUCAAGUAGGUGGCCGCAGCCUGCCUUCCGUCCACCAACAAAAAAGGGUCAAUAACUGCACACUUGAAAGAAGGGUCAAGCGGAAGCAGCAACUCCACUCUAAAUCCAUGAAGCAAGAGUCUUUAUAUUAUGUGUUUUUUGUACUCUCCAUGGCAGUUUAUCUUACAAUUGUUGGAUAUGUUACAUACUAUACCUUCAAUUGCUUAUGUUUUGAUUUUCGGUAUGGGUGCAUACUCGUAGUUGAUAACUCAUACCUAUAACUUGAACAAUUCAGUAACUCAAUUACUGUGUGCUUAUGAGGUUAUUUUGCCUGUAUUUCAUGUUAUUUUGGAGCAGAAAGUAAACAAGAAUUGCAAUUAGUAAAACAUAAUUUCUGCAAGUUACAUAUCUUAUAAGACUCUAUUUGACAUUUUCUGGAUUACAGAUGUCUACAAAUGACAGAUUCAGAAUCGAGCAUGGAUAUUGUUGUCCUUAUCUAAGAGUAACAACUACUUAGGCUCAAAACCUCCCGAGAAUCAGAUACACAGUGCACACAACAUUACAUACCACCACCAUUGACAUAAUCACAAGCCAAACCCUAAGUUUACUAACUUCAGCUUCAAACCUCCCUAACCUCAUGAGCAUCAUCAUUUCAGCCUCAGCCUCAUUUACGUUUUCCUGUAUCUUUCUUUCUGUCAGUGCUCUCCUCAAACCCUCCCACUGCCCUUCGAUUUUGUCUACCCAUGCAAAAAAGUUGCAGUCCGAGUUCUUUCCAUGACAAAAAAACUAAAAUCAGAACCACAUUCAACUCACACAGAACAGGGUGUGCAACGAGUUACCUUCCAAUUGGGACAACGGACGAACCACCUCCCAGGAUUCAUCACAGCGUCACCCCCAACCCACAGAAACAUUUGCCAUUGAACUUCCUAUCAUGCACCCGCUUUGAAAUUGAGCUUCCAGACACACUCCCACUGCCAUUCGAAGGUGGAGUACAGAGUCUUUGCCUCGACAUUGGUAUAAUUUUCAAGAUUUUUCUGAAUCUAGGGUUAUGGUUCGUGUUUGGGAUGGAAGAAGGUUUGAAUUUGGGAAAUUUUGGGGUUUAGGACACAUUAUAACGGUCACACAGCUCAGCAAUCUACGUGUGAAGCCCCCCAAACCAUGUCACACCGUGAAGUGCCACGUAGGUAGCGUUACUAACGGAGUCAACGCCGGAAUAAGGCUUGGUUAGUUUCAUCCCACGGAAGUCACGAAUGAUCGUUACAUUUAGUAGUUUAUUUCUUUCGUGGGUAGAUUUGUCGGCGUUUUCAACUUCCAUGGAUAGAAAUGGUACUUUACUCUCGUUCAAUUUUAUAGACUUCAAUUUGAAUACUAACAUGUAUUGUUUUGACCCGUUAGGGCCUAAACUAACUUCAUAAAAAAAAUUUCCCUGAAUUUGAUUUUUUGAACAUUCUGCAAGUUACAAAAGGAAGUCCACCGGCAAACUAAUGAGUUAGAUAAUCACCACUUCAAUUGAUGUAAAGCCUUCAACAAAAUUUGCUUGGAUAUAAAGAUAAUCCUACAUUGCAAAAGGCAAUUAGAAAGGGGAGAAAUGGUGGGAUUUUUAGUCAAGACGCUAUGUUUAGAACAUCCUAGAGUGUCACAUUGCUAUGCUUUUUAAAGCUCAUCCUGCGAGAACGGCGAAUUAGAGAUUAGAGAUUAUUAAAUUAAGCUGGCUAAAAUCCUACGUGGACCCGAAUUAUUUCUUUUUCUUCAAAUUGGGCUUGAAAAGCCCAUAUUUAUAAUCAGGGUCAAGCCCAUUUACCAAGACAUAA